CUUCUCUUUAGUUUCUUUUCACCAUCAGUCCCGGGGGAGUCUCAGGAACAUUCUCCCGAUAUCCUGAAGCUGUUGGCACCUCACCCUAGAUUAAAGGAACACGUAGAGUCAAUGGCUACUGAAGGCACCAGCCAUAAUCUACCAAAGUUGUCACAGGAAAGUCCAGAGCUUCCACACUGUUCAAGUCAGGAGGAAGCAGCAGCUCAGGGAGAAAGCAGCAGCCUGAAGAACUCAGCUCAAGUAAAGGUGGGGAGUCAGGAGGACAAUGGAAAAGAUCAGGAAGAAGAGAAGCUCAAUACUGCCUCCAUCAGGACCGGCAAAUGCAAGGAAAAGAAAAGGAACCAUUGCCAAGUUGAUGAAAACCAAGAAGACCUGGACGUGCCUAAUAAAGUCCCCAGACAAGAUCACCCUGCUGAUGAGGGGGCCAAACCUGAUCUCAGUAUUCCACUUACAUCCCUUGAUGCGACUGACCUUGAAUGCUCACUGUGUAUGAGAUUAUUCUAUGAGCCAGUCACAACAACUUGUGGGCAUACCUUUUGCAUGAAGUGUCUUGAGAGAUGCCUAGAUCAUAACGCGAAGUGUCCACUGUGCAAAGAUUCUCUUUUCCAGGGCUUUCAAUCAAGAAAGUACAGCAAGAACAUAAUAAUGGAAGAACUAAUAGCUAAAUUCCUGCCAGAAGAACUCAGGGAACGAAAGCGCCUUCAUGAAGAGGAAAUGGAAGAACUUUCUAACUUAACUAAGAAUGUGCCUAUUUUCGUUUGCACCAUGGCCUAUCCCACUGUCCCUUGUCCCCUGCAUAUCUUUGAGCCUUGUUAUCGCCUGAUGAUUCGGAGAUGUAUUGAGACAGGCACAAAACAGUUUGGCAUGUGCCUUGGAGAUCCUGUCAGAGGCUUUGCAGAAUACGGCUGCAUGCUAGAAAUCAGAAAUGUCCAAUUCUUUGCUGAUGGCCGAUCGGUGGUUGACAGCAUAGGCAAGAGGCGCUUCAAGGUGCUCAAUCAGGGCCAGCGGGAUGGCUACAACACAGCUGAUAUUGAAUACAUUGAAGAUCAAAAGGUUGAGGGAGAAGACCGUGCCGAACUCAUGGGGCUGCAUAACUGUGUGUAUGAGCAAGCCUCCUCGUGGUUUCAUUCGCUCAAAACAUCGCUCAAGAAUCGGAUACUAAAUCACUUUGGUCCAAUGCCAGAGAAAGAUGAAGAUCCCCAG